CUGGUUUAAAUAGCGAUGGGCGGGAAGUGACCUGCGGCCGUUAGGGGUGUGUGAGAGAGAGGGAGAGUUCGUGAUGACUUCGACAAGUACGUUCCAGGGCCUGCAGGAUAAGCCCAAUUCCAGGUGCUGCCAGACCUGCUGAACAUUUUUCACAACUUCUGUUUUUGUUCCUGAUUUAUAGCAUCUGCAGUUCUCUUCAGAUUUUUAAAGUUUGGAUAGUCUACAUCAGCCCUUCAAGUAAACAAAGUUGAUUCUGCAUUGCAACUUAAAUUUCUCAGUAAUGCAAGCUUGCUCGUGGGUUUAGAUGGCACGCAUUUCACUGAUGAACUUGGUUAUUGACUGUACACAUUUUUUGAUGUUUUUUGACUCUUUUCUGUAGCAUAAUUGGCCAUUUAACGUGCAAAAAUCUCUCAUCAAAUCCACAUAGGAGCAAUGGAAACUGAUAUCAUGUAAUUAUUCCAGCUUUAUACAAAGCAUUGGGGGUCAAGUUACUAAUAGAAUUAUAAAAUCAGUAAUACCAAACUGCCUCGGGGAUUAAAGAAUCAUCUGUUAUAUAGAGCUGGGUUUUGCCUCUCUUGUGUGGUAACCUGAAAAGUAGAAAGGAUCAAUAUCCAUCUUGUUAAAUGACAAAUACGAAGUGAAACUGAAUAUUUGCUAAUGUGGAACUAUUCUGACCGUCUGCUCACUAGUAUGACUGGCCGUGUACUCAAACCACCCGGUGGUGGUUCCAGUAACAUAUUUGGUGCCCCUGAUGUUUCAUCCAGUAAACCUCAUAAGAUGGCAUCCAACAUUUUUGGGCCGCCUGAAGAAACUUCAUUACCAAAGAGAUCUAAUCCUCCAGGUGGAAAAAGCAGUGGGAUUUUCAGUGAAUCAGAGUCUGUUUCUUCACAAACAUGUGCUGUUUCAGCUUGUAAAAAGGACAGUGACAUAUUUGGGGAACCAGUUGCUGCAGCUAAAGGUCAUGUCCAUCCAAACAAACCAAAGGAUGCAAACAUAUUCUCCUGUGAUGCAGAUGAAGAGUUUAAAGCUGAAGAGCAUGAAGAACAAGGUGAUAAAGAUGAGGAAAAGCCAAAGGAGCCUACAGUGGAUGAUCAUGAACCUCAUCUAGGUCCACGUCCACGAUCCCAUAACAAGGUUACCCAACCACCUGGUGGCAAAUCGUCGCUCUCUUUGUUCUGAGAAGGUUCUUAACUGUUUGACUGUAGUUAACUUCUGCAUGGAACAGCUAGUUAACUUGGAUGUUAUUUUUGUUCUUUCUCUCUCCUCCUCCUACCACUGUGCCCCCCCCCCCCCACACACACACACACUGAAGGUUUAUCUGCACAAGGACUUUAUUUUUGAUGCAGUUGUUCAUUUCAGCAAGGAUUUGCUGGCCCAAAACGCUGAAAUGUUCUAGAGAUUAAACAGUUGAUAAGAUAAAAAUUGCAUUGUAAAAUAAAACAGGCACAUCAUUUUUGGGUAUAAAGUAUCAUCUGUAUACUUGUUUGUGUCCUCUGCUGUUUUGAACAUGUUUUGGCUCACAUUAGUUGUUUAAGCCAUUGCCUCCAAGUGUUUUCCCACUGCAUCUCGAAUGCUUGAAAAUUGCCUUAACCCUAGACAGCUAUGUGCAGUGGUGCAAGCUUUUUAGGCUGCAGAGCUUUGAAGCGUACACCCAGUGCGAUCAGUCUCUAGUAAUGUCCUAUUAGGCCACACUGCUCCAACACUUGGACCCAUAGAGUUGUUAGCACUGCCGGAGUUCUGUGGCAGCAGUUCCAUCUGGGAAGCCCUGGUUUCUCUCGAAAUAUCUGCGUUCUUCUUGUGGAAUGCACUAGACCAUCCAUAAUACUUCAGUGUAUUUGGAGCACAUGUGAAAAAUGACUCAAUUAGCCUCUUAUAAAUUAAAAACAUUUCUGAUCAGUUAUUCCAUUAUAUCAAUUGUGUUCAAUCAUGUAAUUUGUCAUCUUAAUUGAAGAAUGUAAAGCUGUAAAAUCUGUGACAUAGUCAAGAUCCCUUGACAUGAUGAUGUGCACAUUAUGAACAAUUCCAAAUCCUCAGGUGUCUUAGUUUUGACCUGCUACAAGCUAGUAUGCAAUAUUGAAUGUUACACAUGGACUCAGAUUAUUUAAUUUAGAAAUAUUUAUUUUGCUGAAACAUUUAGACAAAGGUUUCCUGUAUGGUUGGUCAAAAGUCUACCUUUUUUUUCUUUUUAAACUGGCUUCUGAUUUUAGCUGUAAAUCAAAAGACACCUUCCCAACAGGUUGCCAUGUUGAAGGGUUUUCCUUUGAAGAGUUAACUCCCAGUUUUGGUUACUUUCCAAGGCAAACUUUUAAGAUUUAAUUGCAAGUUUUAAUUCUGCUGAUUCCUAUUUAUAACUCAUCAUUACUAUCUUAUUGUCAGUCAACACAUUAGCAACAAUUUGCUAUUGUACUGAAAGAUUCUAUUUCAUCCUGUUACUACACCUACUUAUAUGCAGUUAUUGAUAGUGCUGUGUCGCUACAUUCAAAUGCAAUGUUUUUUAGAACUUACUAGUUUUUGUUUCUCUACACCCAGUAUCCAUUCUACCAAUUAUCGUGCAUUCAAGGUACUUUAUGCCCUUUUGCUUUUUAUAUUAGUUCAAGGGAUGUACUGGAAAUUAGGACACUAAUUAUUGCCAAUGAGGAAAUGCCUUCUGUGCCUUUAUGCAGCCAUCUUGUGUGGAUGGAGAUAACUGGAUGGCAGUGGCCAAAAAUAAAAUUUACCUCCUAUUUGUGAAUCAAGGAAAUGAA